UCUGUCCCUAUUGGCUGGAGAAGGUCAGGGGACACUUCCGGGAAUGUGUGCGCUCCCGCGUUCCACUCCGCAGCAUCCGGCGGCAGCCAGCCCCCUGGCUCCCCCUGCGGGUGGCUUGGCGGUGUGCACAGUCCCGCCUGCUGGCUGGCGGGGUGCCACGGUUCGGGAAGCAUGACGACCGAGACCUUCGUGAAGGAUAUCAAGCCCGGGCUCAAGAAUCUGAACCUCAUCUUCAUUGUACUGGAGACAGGCCGAGUGACUAAGACAAAGGACGGGCACGAGGUUCGGACCUGUAAAGUAGCAGACAAAACAGGCAGCAUCAAUAUCUCAGUGUGGGACGAUGUGGGCAACCUGAUCCAGCCUGGGGACAUCAUCCGACUCACCAAAGGGUACGCUUCAGUGUUCAAAGGUUGUCUGACACUAUACACUGGCCGUGGGGGCGAUCUGCAGAAGAUUGGAGAAUUCUGCAUGGUUUAUUCUGAAGUUCCUAAUUUCAGCGAGCCCAACCCCGAGUAUAACACUCAACAGGCGCCCAACAAAUCGGUGCCAAGUGACAGCUGCCCUGCUGCCCCCCAAGCCACCGCAGGACCUCCUGCCGCCUCUCCAGCUUCCGAGAGCCAAAACGGGACCGGACCAAGCCCCCAAUCGGGCCCCAGUGGUGGCCCCCACCCCUCUCACCCUGCCUCACAUGCCCCCAGCACCCGAGUCACUCGGAGCCAACCGAACCACACACCUUCUGGGCCCCCUGGCCCCUCCAGCAACCCUGUCAGCAACGGCAAAGAAACCCGCAGGAGCAAGAGAUAGCAGGAGAGCAGACCUCUCCCUCCCAGCACAGCCACGCCCCAGGUCCCUGCCAGACAACACUGUCUCCUGCUGGGCUUCUGACCUUGAGAUUGGAGGGUGGUAUAGCUCGCCUUUUAGCCACUAAGUUUCCCCGGAGGGGUGGUAAGCAGUGGCCUUACCCACCUCAAGCUCCUGCCCUCCUUGUCCUGCUGACAUGGCCUGUCCCCUGGGAUCCAGGGCCCUUUGCCUGCCCUCCUCCCUCUGGAAAAGACAGUCUGGUGUGUGUGUGUGU